AUGGCGCUACAGGUGAUAAAAUGUCUUUCAAAAUGUAAAUAAUGAAUAUAUAUUUUAUUUUGACUAAUCAGAAAAUGAGAAAUAUUUUGAACCUAAAUUUUCUUACGAUAUUUAUAAACAGACCGUAACAUGCCUACUGAAAAGAUCAAAAUCACAUCUAGAGAAAAUAGAACAAGAAGAGAAGAUUCAAAAUCCAGAGAGAAAGAUGGAAGAUCCAGUAAAAGAUCGUCGUCCACUGUUAAGAGUCUUGAAGAUGGGAAACAUAAAUCCGAUAAGUACAGAGGCGACGGCGUGGACGGACGUGCGGCUACUAAAAGAAGAGACGAUUCGAAAAGCAGAAGUUCCGUUCCUCGUCAGAGAGUGGACGAUUCCGUGGCCGGAUCGAGGUCUUCCCGAAGGUCUGAUGCCACGUCUCGUUCGGAGACGUCGAAGAGAUCCGAUCGGAUGCGGUCGACCGAGAGGAGUUAUAAGAGUACGAGUAAUAAAUAUGGUGAUGGAGCUAAUAAGAGUGAAGAAAGGCAUAAAUCGCAAAGACGUGGUUUGGAAAAACGACAGACUGACUCCGGAGCAAAAAAUAUACGUAAUAAUUUGGAUGAUACGUCGAGAAAAUUUUCUCGUAAUUUGAAAGAAGAUGGCCAGAAGAGAAAAAAUGAAGUACACAGAAGAAACAGCACAACAAAAGACACACGUUUGAAAAAUGAAGUAAAGAUAUUAAAAGAGAAAGUGCAGAAAAGACAUGCAUUAAAUGACUAUGAGGAAAUUCCGUCCACAUCAAAGCAGUCAUCUUAUCUGUCUCCAAAAACUGUUAAAGAAAAUAAAUUACAGAACACUUUAAAGGAAAAUUCUGAUGGAAGUGAUUAUAAUUAUGAAGAUGAUUUUGAAGAUUAUGAAUCAGAUUUUGAAGAGGAUGACGAUGAUGAUGAUGAUGACAAUGAUGAUAAUGAGAUAGAAAGUGAAAAAAUAAAUUCAGACAUUGAUGAUGAUAAAAUUAAUAAUGAUAAAACUGAAACGGUGAUAGAAGAAAGUGAACAUAAAAAUAAUUUGAAAACUGAAGAAGAUAAUCCAUUUAACUAUUUGAAGAGGAGUAAAAGUAGUAGGUAUUAUGAAGAGCAGCCAUAUGGAAAUGAUUGGGAAGUUCCAAAAAAAGUAAACCAGCUUCAGAAUUAUACACGAACAUUCAUCAAUUUUAAAACUGUUCAAAAACAACAAGAAAGGAAAAAAGCUUCAAAUAAAUUAAGAAAGCGAGGAACUGAACUAUUAGAAAUCAUUACUCUUGAUCAAAUGACAUUCGAUCUCUUUGAAUUACCUCCAGUAAAGUAUGAUGUUUAUAUACGUCGUUUUGGCAGAUCCAAUACAAAACAAGUAUUUGUUCAAACUGAAUAUGGUCAUGAUGAAGAAAUUCAAACUGAUGAGAUAAAUUCAAGAGAAAAAUGGACACAAAUUCCACCUAAUGAUCAACAUGGUUUUGGAGGUGAUUUAGAAGAAGAAAACUCUAAAAAUGUUACUUGGAAUUCCAGGUUGAAAACUGAUGCUAUUUAUUUAAAUAAAUUUGUCCAGAAUGUUGGUCAAAUGAUCUUACAUGUCUUAGAAGAAGAAUUAGCAGAUGUUAAUCUACAAAAACUCUCAGAAAAUUAUACAAAUAUUAAUUUUAGUCAAGGAUUUAUACAGACUGGUUCAUUAUCUCUUUUGGCAGAAAGUCCAAUAACUUAUCUCAGUUUUUCAAAUAUAAAAACCAAUUUUUUACUCUCAGUGCAUUCAACUUCUAUUAAUCAGAUACCAAAUUCUGUCUUAAAUGAAAAAGGUAUUAUAUGUAUUUGGAAUAUUAAUCAGCCAUUAAAACCAGAAAGAAUAUUAACAUCUAAUGGUCAACCAAGCUGUUGUUGUUUUGGUCCAGAAAACAUUGAUAUUGUUAUUGCAGGAAUGAUAGAUGGAUCUAUUGCUCUGUGGGAUUUACAAGAAGAAGCAUCAUCGCAUCCUCAAAUUGUUCUAGAUGAGAAAGAAUGGUCAAUAAGAACACCUACUUAUAACACAGAAUCAGAGUGCCGAGCAACCAAGAAAACUGGGAAAACCUGGAUAUGUCAGGGAAAUUGGCAGUCAUCUUAUCUGUCUCCAAAAACUGUUAAAGAAAAUAAAUUACAGAACACUUUAAAGGAAAAUUCUGAUGGAAGUGAUUAUAAUUAUGAAGAUGAUUUUGAAGUAAUAUAUCCAUUUUAA